AUGCAAGCCAUCCAGUCUCAUCUCUUCGCAGUCCGCGAGUAUCUGAGCCCCGUUCUCAAGGAGAGCAAGUUCAAGGAACACGGUCGUAUCACGCCUGAGGAGUUCGUCGCCGCGGGUGACUUCCUGGUGUACAAGUUCCCCGUGUGGUCGUGGGAGAAGGGAGAUGCAAGCAAGGCCCGCGACUUCCUGCCCGCUGACAAGCAGUACCUAGUCACACACGGUGUGCCCUGCCUCCGCCGCGCGACCUCCCUCGCGUACACCGAUGCCGAUGAGGACGCCGAGCGCCUGCUCUCCUUCGCCGAUUCCUCCACUCCUAGUGCGGACGGCGACGAGUGGGUCGAGACGCACGCCGGCCGCAAGGCGAGCAACGCCAACGCCAAACCAGGCGCCGACCACAGCGACAUUGCCGAAAUCCCUGACGCCGACGACGACGUCGCUGCGGGCGUUGGAUCGCUCAGCCUCGGGGGAAAGGAGAGCAAGGAACCUGAGGUCAUCGACCUCGACGACAUUCCAGACAUGGAGGAGGACGAUCUCGAGGACGGGGAUGAGGCUACCGCGGCGCCAAAGCCAAAGGCCCCGGCGCCAGCUGCAGUCGCUGAGCCAAAUCCGGCCGAAGCAGCCAAGGGCAACCUGCUACAAGUGCGCACGUACGACGUUAUGAUCACGUACGACAAGUACUACCAGACGCCUAGAGUCUGGCUGAUUGGGUAUGACGAGAACGGCACGCCUCUUACACCCACUCAAAUAUUCCAAGACAUCUCUGCCGACCAUGCGCACAAGACGGUGACGAUCGAGCCCUUCAUCCACUCGGCCUCACUGCAAGCCGCGUCCGUACACCCCUGCAAACACGCGAGCGUGAUGAAGAAAGUCAUCGAGCGCAUGAACAACAGCGUUGUCGCUGAGCAGCUCGCACAACGCAAGUCCCCCGUCACGAGCCCCAAAGAUAAGGACGCGACAAAAAAGAAGUGGUUCGGCACCCGCAAGUCGAGCGGGUCGUCCAAAGACAUUCAGGCGGCGGCAGCGGAGGGAGACGACGAGCCCGAGGGCAUGCGUGUGGACUUCUACCUCGUGGUGUUCCUCAAGUUCAUCGCGUCAAUCGUGCCUACUAUUGAAGUCGACUCAACUACAUCCUUCUGA